AAGGAGCGCAUGCCGAUCUCUUCAUUCUUUCGUGGAUAUCCAGACAGUGGUGACGUGUGCAAGGCGAUGAACGUCGAGGUGUUUUAACAGACGAGGUGUCAGAAAAAUCCAAUUCCUUCUCGAAUUAAAGUCUCAGGACUGCUUCUCUUGACUCAGUUACGGAUUCAUUUCUCGGUGAAAAACAAAUACUUGGUUCAUUUCUGACUGAUCUCUGCUCUCGACUUUGGUGAAAAGACAAUAAGAAACUUGUCUCGAGUUCAUCACAAACAUUUCCGAGGGAAAAUCUGAGGCGCAAAGGUGAUUACGCUGAUGGAAACGAUGGAUUCCCUGGGCUGCGAUUGGCUCCUCAACGAUCUGGGACCUCCUCCCGAUGCCAUUCUGCGGAUCCCUCCUCCUCCGCUUCCGCAUUUCAUUGAUCGGAAUUAUCUUCACGAAAUGGCUGUGGCUGCAGCCGGGAUCUCUGAUUUCGACAAGGGCAACAACGAUACGGUGCCAUGUCACUGGUGUCAUUGGGCCAGAAGGCUUGACUUGGUCGGAUCGAUUAGCGUCACAUCAGGCACUGAAAUGGCCCUUGAAGAUACUUGGUUUUUUGUUAUUCUGGCAUCCUGUUUGAUGCUCACGCUAGGAGCGUUGCUCUCUGGUUUGAUCUACUUGAGAUUAAAUGGGAAAACGCUGAAAGGAGCCUGGGAUUUCGGAAGCUUCCUGACGGAAAACGGCUCCAUUUUGAUAGGCAACAACGACACGGGCAUCUCACCAACAAUCGGCGGAGAAAGGCACCACAAUGGCAGCGUAAUGAUGCCGGUAAGAACAGUUGCCAGUCAUCAAAGCGAAGGCAGCAUCAUAAAAGCCGAUUGCCAGGCCGUCUGCUCCUCUGGCGAUAUGGGCGAGCAUUUCCUUGGUGGUGGUAAUUGCAGCCGGGCGGGCUCGGCGGUGCCUGCUGCUGCUCAGCGACACGUCACAACACCUUCGUCCUUUCCACCUUUGACGCGUGCUCUGUGGGCUGGAGUCAAAACUUGCGCCGAGGGCAAUCAUUACACUAUAACACACGCCCAACCUUUCGACCAGAAGCAACAACGUUCAUCAUCGCUCUCCCCGAUGGUUAUUCAUGAUCUGGAGCAGCCGGAUGAAGACUCGGCUGGAUACACAACCCUUCACCUUGGCGCCACGACAUCCGCCCUCAUCUCCAACGCCGAAAACCAAAUGUAUUACUGUUGCACAGAUUUGAUGAUGAUCCCCCAGCCGAUGAAUUCCGGCCCAGUGCACCACCAACCAGUCACAUCGCUAGACGAUUCCACCGAUCAGACGUGCGAAGGCAAUCAGAAUCCGCCGCUCUAUGUUAAUAUGUCUCCCUUGCAUCCGCUAUCCAGCCCAAAGAUGAGUUACCCCCUCAUCAACCCCAUCUAUCCAUCGCCCUGUCGAUCGCAGCCAACCGUUCCGCACGCCAACAAUUCACCGACGGAAGAAACGAUCGUCAGAAAUUGCUCGACGAGACAACACUCGCAGGCGUGAAAGGGUUUCUACGUAAAAAUAAUAUGUCCCCGUGUAAUAACUCUUGCAGUCUUGCGUAUUUUUGUGUGACUUGUGUGCCCUCAUAUCAUCGUUUGGUUUUUGUACAUAUUUGUAUUGCAGAGGAAACUUAUAUAUACUGUUGGUAUAUACAGUAUCUUUCAAUAACGAUAAUUAAUUACGUGUAUUAUAUUAAAAUAUUUAUUGGUCGACACAGUCGCAUCAUAUGUCUGUCGUGAAGCACGCAUAAACAUUUCCACUUGAACGGUAAUUAUACUGAAAUGCACAUUUUGAACCUGAGUAGACGACGACGACGUAGCUUAUGUGUUCCUGUUUACUCAUAGGAUCGACACGUACUGCAUCAUAGCCACGUGCUGUUACGUGUGUCAAGAAAACUUUGAUGUUUCCAUGUUGUCUUGAACUUGAUUUCUCCCUUAAUUGGAUUGUAUUUCGUUACCACUCUUUCGAGUAUUAUGAAAUGAUCUAUAAUACGCUUCAAGUAGCAACCUGAAAUUCGUGAA